AUGGCAUCUCUGCGCGGCACUCAGCAGCCAGAGCUCUCCAAGAAGUUGUACAAGAUCAUCAAGACCGAGAACCACGUGAUAGGCGCCCAUGAGGCCGCUGCUCGUGAACAAGUCAGUGUUGCAAGACAGCUCUCAGAAUGGGGUGAAGCGACAGAGGAUGAAUCCAUCUCAGAGGUCUCAGACAAACUCGGCGUUCUCAUGGCGGAGAUUGCAGAACAGGAGGAUGCCUAUGCCCAAGCGCUGGAGGAUUAUCGAGGAGUCCUGAAGCAGAUCCGUAAUACCGAGAGCUCAGUGCAGCCCAGCCGAGACCAUAAGGCUAAGAUCUCGGACGAAAUUGCCAAGCUCAAGUACAAGGAGCCUCAAAGUACCAAGAUCGUUCAGCUUGAACAGGAGCUUGUCCGCGCAGAAGCCCAGAGCUUGGUCGCAGAGGCGCAGCUGACCAACAUUACACGUCAAAAGUUCAAGGAAGCAUACGAUCAGUAUUUCGCAGCAACGAUCGCGCGUGCUGAGAAGCAGACGAUCUUGGCUAAGCAUGCCCGUCGACUUGUCAACCUUGUGGACGACACGCCGAUCGUUCCUGGAGAUUCACACCCUCCCUUCGCAAGUGGCGAGGACGCGAGACAGGUUCUGAACGAUGCAGAAGACGAUCUUCGUAACUACGAGUUGCAUGUUGAGCCAAUCCAUUCCAACGCUGGCAAUCUAGGCGUAGGAGCAAUGCCUGGGGCGCCAUUGGGUGCCACUGGUAAUGCCCCUGUGCAGAACAGCGCUCAAUACCAGGACACGAUCGGGACCAGUGAGGAUGGCGGUUAUGCUGAGUCGAACGUAACAGGCGCCGAGGUUGGGAACCAGCCUCCCUAUCCUGUAUCAGCAGCAGAGAAGCUGGAACAGCAGCAGGCUACCGAGCAGGGCACUCAGCCUCAGCAAACGCAGCUCCAACACGUUGCAUAA